AUGGCAGGUGUACCAGAAGAAUCCAGCCGACAGGGCCAAGUCCAAGUGUAUUUCAAUACAGAUUCGCCAGAUAUCGAGCUUCCCGAAGAAAAGAGGCAGUUAAUUGUACCUACCGAUGUCCGAAGAUAUGGCUUGUCUCAAAUCCUCAACUCUGAGUCUAUGCUCGAUACCCCGGCGCCCAUUCCAUUGGAUUUCAUAAUUAACGGCACAUUUCUUCGCACAACCCUCGACGAGUAUCUGACUACGAACGGCUUGUCCUCUGAGACUACUGUGAAUUUGCAUUAUGUAAGGAGUUUGAUACCGCCGCUAUACGAAGCAAGCUUUGAGCAUGACGACUGGAUCAGCUGCGUGGAUGUGCUGUCAGGAAGCUCGAGAGCAGGAACAUGGGAUGGGCGCGAGGUUUUGGCUGGGCAAGAGCGCAUAUUGUCCGGUUCAUAUGAUGGACUAUUGCGGAUUUGGAAUAAAUCGGGACAGGCGAUUGCAACAUCGGUCUCAUCGAGCGCCGGGGGACAUACGUCGAGUAUCAAGUCCGCGAAAUUUAUCUCCCCAACACAAAUCGCAUCCUCUGCACUGGAUCGAACUAUUCGCAUAUGGAAGUAUACAGAGGCCGAGGAUCAUUUCUCUGCUGAGCUGAAACCGGUGAUGGAAUUAUAUGGUCACAAGGGUGGCAUAGACUCGAUCGAUGUCCACGGCCCUUCAAAUCGCAUACUCUCAGCAUCAACCGACGGCAGCAUUGGUCUUUGGACGACGCAAAAGUCCUCGGCUCCAGCUGCACCAUCGAAUAUGAUUACAUCUGGACCUACCGCAAAGAGAAGAAAGAUUGCAACCUCAACAUCAACCCCGCAGCGGGGUCCACUUUCUCUCAUCUCUUCGCAUACAGCACCAGUCACAGCAGCAAUUUUCAAUCCUCUAGACUCGACGGUUGCCUACUCUGUAUCCCAAGACCACACCAUCAAGACUUUCGAUCUUACGACUUCAGGUCUCGUCGAUACACGGACGACAUCCCAUCCGCUAGUCUCCCUUACUGCUCUCCCUGGGAUCAGCACGCAGUUACUUGCAGCAGGAACAACCGCUCGCCACAUCACGCUUCUCGAUCCCCGAAUGUCCGCAUCCUCUACCCAAAUAAUGACGCUUCGUGGCCACACCAACAAGAUCGUCUCGCUAUCCCCUGAUCCAGAGAGUAAUUGGGGACUGGUUUCAGGUAGUCACGAUGGCACGUGCCGCGUAUGGGACUUGAGAAGCUCGAGGCAAGGGGCCAAGGACGAAGGUGGCGGAUUGGUCGGCGAAGCUGUCUAUGUCGUGGAACGAGAGAGCCAGAAGGGAGGAGCGAAGAGACCGGUUGGAGGAGAGGGUAUCAAGGUGUUUGGCGUUGCUUGGGACAAGGAUGUUGGGAUCGUUAGUGUGGGUGAGGAUAAAAUGGUGCAAAUAAAUAGAGGACGAGGUGUCACUAGAGCGGAAAGACACCAAAACCGCAGCACCACCCACCACUACCACUACCACCCCCCGCUCCCGAACCCCCACCCCCCAUAUACACCCUCUAUCGACCCCUCCAUCCGAUCCCCAUCCCCUCCUCCAAACACCCACCCCAGAACCCCACAAUCCAACGCCAUAAAAGCCUCCACAGCAGUAUCCCUCACCGGCCCCCUCUCAAUCCUCGGCCCCGUCUCCUCCUCCUCCUCCAUAACCCUCAACACGCAAAUCCACGUCGCGGGGAAAAUCUCCUCGUCGUCAUCCGUCAGCCUGUCCGACGAUAUCAGUGUCGAGGGCAAGGUAUCCAGCUCCUCGAAAGUCGUGCUGAGGAACCGCGUGCGGGUCGCUGACGCGGUGCACGCGAGCGGGGGUGUGGCGCUGCAGGGCGACGUGUGGGUGCAGGGGAAGGUGGAUGCGAGUGGGAGU